AUGUCUUCAGUGCCGCCUGGAGGGUUAAUCCUCGUUACUGGGGUCAGUGGAUACAUUGGGAGCGUCACUGCCAAAGUUUUCCUGCAGCGCGGUUACCGUGUUCGUGGCACUGUCCGCUCCGUUGCCUCCAAUGCUUGGAUGAAGGAAUAUUUUGGUCCCAAAUUCGAACUUGUUGAGGUGCUUGAUCUGAAUGCUCCUGAUGCUUUUGAUAAGGCACUUGAGGGAGUGAGCGGUGUUGCCCAUAUCGCCAUGGACAUGGAUAUGAACCCACAAAACCAUGCUAUCAUCGAAAACACUAUCAAAUCCAACUUGCAACUCCUAAAGGCUGCUGAAAAAGAGCCUAGUGUCAAGAGCGUUGUUAUAACAUCGUCUCUAGCCGCAUGCGCCCUCCCCACAACCGGCACGCCUUACAAGAUUAAUCCGACUACCUGGAAUACCGCAGCUAUUGAGCAAACAGUGAAUCCUUGGAAUGGUGAGGGCAACCCUCGUUGGCACGGAAUUGUUCUGUACGGAGCUUCCAAGGCGCGUGGUGAGCAGGAGGCCUUUGCCUGGGUGCGCGAGCACAAACCUGCUUUCUCCCUCAACACGGUUGUGCCAAAUGUGAACUUUGGCACCGCUAUAUCUCCUGAGAACAUGGGAUACCGCAGCACCUCGGCAGUAAUUGAUGCUGCCGUUAAAGGCUAUCCUGCUGCACCAUCUGUUUUGCCUCCUCAAUGGUACGUUGAUGUCGAGGAUACGGCAUUGCUGCACUUAGGUGCCUUGACUCUCGAUAAUGUGAACAACGAACGUCUGCUAGCCUUUGCAGGAAAAUAUUCGUGGACACAGAUUCUUGAGAUUUUGCAUAGGCGGUAUCCAGACAAGAUAAAAUUGAAGUCUGUUGAUAAGUCAGUUGAGGAUGCUGGCGAAGUGAGCAAUGAACGCAGCAUCAAGGUGCUGAAGAUGAUGGGCAAAGAGGAAGGAUUUACAUCUUUAGAAGAUACUCUUGUCAAGGCUGUGGAUACCAUUCUUGCCAAUCAGUCCAAGAAUGUGCCUAAGACGAGAAUAGAUCUAUAUUACGAUUCUCUCGACAAAACAUCUGCCGGGAAUAAAUGA